CAAAUAAAUAAUUUACGUCCAUUAAUAACGUAAGCGUAAUCGAUUGAAAAUGUCUCUUUCGGAUUCCAUGUUUUUGUUUGAAAUAGUGGUAGAGGAAAUCAAGAGCCUCAUUAAUUGCCAGGAAUUCAAUAUUACGAGUCAAUUCGCCGAUUUAUUCUCACUUAAUUUAAAAGAUCCAAAUGAAUUGGCGGUGGCGGUUCCAAAACGCAACCGGAAAAAGGUUAAACGAAAAUCGAAGGUAAGAGACAGUAAGAUCAAAGUUAUAAAGGCGCCAGCACCGUCUGUGGAACCUAAAAUAAAAAUUGGCCAGUCCAUAUUAAUUGCCAACAAUGUGGACUCACUCAAAAUGAAUAUGCAAACAUAUCCUUUGCAACUUACACUUUGGAGUAAAGAUGACCCUCAGCUCGUAAUGGGUUCCACGAGUAUUCCUUGGAGCACACCUUACAUUGCCUACCUCAAUGACAUAAUCAAAAAUCGGGAUGUUACUCCAGUAACAGUGGAAGGGACAUACAAUGUAUUUGAUGAGCUAUCUUCGAGACGUAUGGCAACUAUACAAAUGAGCAUCAAAUUAAGCUGCCUGAAAGAUAAAGUAACCACACAGUUCAGAUCGCUUUCCGAAGAUGAUCCACAAACAUUUAUGUAUACAGGGUUCAAUUCUAAGCCCACGACUAUUUUGAGUACGAUCAAAGAUAAGCAAGUAGCCAAAAAAGAUAAUGCAUUGCAAGUUGACAAUGCUGACCCAGGCACUAUUAAAACUAUAUAUUCCGGGGGCAAGAGGAAGUAUAAAAGAUCAAGUAAAGAUAAAAAUAAAAGUUCUAAAGCAACAACUAAAACAAUGCACUCUGCCACGAUUCAACCGAAGAAAUUGAAAACAAAUUUGAAUAGAUCCACUGAAACCGCUGAACCAGAGCCUCCACCAGAGCGGGUAGAGCCCAGUGUGAAAGAACCUGAUCAAUCAAUUACUCAAAUAAAAGAAAAGAUUGUAGACUUGGUAAAAAGCGAUACUGAUUUAGAAGUUGAAAAACCAGUAGCACUGAUAAAGUCAAAAUCGUAUGCAUCAUUGGAAUAUGAAAAUCAUUUGAAUACUUUAGAUUACAUCUUCGGCGACCGUAGAGGUCCUUUUGGAAAUCAAGUAUACUGCGUGGGAUAUUUUACUGUUCAAAAGGACACUCCAUCUAAACAAUCGAUCAAAGAUACUAAAAGUUCAGAUAAGUCAGAAGAAGUGAAGGAGAAGUUUAAAUUCAGACUCUGUGACAGUGAAUGCCCGAGCAAAAAAGCGACAAGCGGGUCGCGUUCUCUAAGUCAUUGUUCUAUAGACUUGCCACAAGAAGCAGCGAACCUCAUCAGUGUUACAAAGUGUGACCAUGUGGAAUGCGACGUGAAGAAACACAGGGAACUCCCACCCCCACCUGAUGAUCGGAUUUUGAUUGACAUGUCUGGUCUCAAAGGAGAAUGCUGCAAUGUUACUGAAAAGAUAGAAGAAGUAGUCGGAGGUAUGACUGCAAAAAUGAAAGUUGGUAACGACCCUUGUUACUGUUCUUGCGAAUGUACUUUUGGGUUUACAAAGAAGACAACCUACUGUAAGAUUUGUGGAGGCUACGAGUUAUCCGGAGAUGAAUUAUCACGCAGGCCUGGGCAUGAUAUGCCAUUCCCUUGUCCAAUUUUUCAUAAACUUGUAGACAAAAAGUUUAAGUCAUUUAGUGCUUCUGGCAGUGAUAGCAGGAGAAACCUAAAGGGUGGAAAGAAAUCAGUUGUUGACAAAAGCGGUGAAUCCGAAAAAGAUGGUAAAAAAGGGAAAAAGAAAAAGAAGGAUGACAGAUUUAAGUUUAAUUAUGGUUAUCAAGGUAUACCGCCUCAAAUUGGACACAGUCAAUGCGCCAUGCCUUGUACAGGCACGUUAGGCAAUGUGCCUAAACAUAUGGGUUGGCUUUGGACGGCGGAAGAUGUUCCUGGUAUGAAGUUUCGACCUAACUGGAAACCUGGAGCAACAAAUAAAUUUGUUGUACGCUUACUCAGAAUGGCUAAAAAUCCUGGCGAAGUUAUAGCCAAGAAACGAAAGAAGGAUCAAGGGAAGAAACGUCCGCUCAAGAGGCCACUUCUUAUUGUUCAUAAGAAGGAAGGCGAGUACACAGUUACGAUGGAGACAAUGAAAGCGUACUCUAAACCAAGAGCUCUUAACCAACACCCAUACGAAGACAAACCUGUUGUCACGUACACUAUCGGCAGAAGCGAUGAAGAGAACCGUGAACGAAGACUGAAGAAGGAACGUGCCCAAAGACGCCUGGAAAGAGCACAGCGCGAUUUCAUUCAAAGCGCUUUCAAAGACAUGUGUCAAGAUAUUUGCCUCAAAACUUACCAGCAAGCACUUGGCAUAUUACCUGAUACAGAAGAUCCAGAAUGCACGUGCUACCCGGCAGAACCUGGACCAGAUAGAACUAACUUGGACGUUUCGUGUUCAUGUUCAGAAGAUUCUGCUUCUCUAGGCUCUGAUACAGAUUCCGAUGAAUGGAUAGUAGAAUUUACUCCUCCAAAUGCGUUAUUCGAUCCUACGUAUAAGGGUAAAAAAGUAUUAAAAGUCGAUAAUGGUACUCAAUACACUUACCUAGAUUACAGAGUCAAAUUAACCGAUAGAUUUGGAAACCCUGUGCCAAGAUUCUUCAAAGGGCCAGAUGGAAAGCAACAAUGCAGUGAUUUGGGAGGAUUCUGGAGCCCUGACCGUAAAUGGUUAGAAAUCAACGUUGACGGUUACAUAGCUCCGGACAAUCGGUGGGCUCCCAAUUCUUUCAUCGGCCCGAGCGGCGAACAGGUUGACGCUGAGACAGGGAAAUUCCAAGCCACUAAUCUAAAAUGGUUAGUCGUUGGAAUUGACGGUUAUGUCGACGGCCAAGGAAAAUGGAAAUUCUACCCAAAACCUAGAGCAUCUCCACCUCAGAAGCAGCCUCGCACACCCGGUAAAAAGGGUGGUAAAAAAGGUGAUGAUAAAAAGAAACAACCGGAGAUAAAACCAUCCGUUGCCACCUGGAGUUGUUUCGGCGAUGCUUCUCCUAAGGAUUUGGGUAAGAUGGGUAUAAUGGGCCAUGGUUUAGAUAGAAAGCUGUUGUUGUCUACACUGCAGCAAAUGUUAGCGCGCGGGGAAGACGUCACAAUUCCUCAGCCCUCAGUUGUUCCUAGACGGCCCGAGUCAAAGAGAGGAAGGAAACCUCGAGCACACAGAGGCGAAGCUUACGAUCCUUGGAAUUAUUUUGCGGAACGGACGAAGUGUAGGCACCCUGUGCCAUCUGAAAAAGGAAUAGUGGCGGUGGAUGCUCACGGCAAUAAGACUUAUUUCAGGUUGAAGAAUUAUAGAAAUAAAAGGCCGAAGGACAGGCUAGCGGACUUGAAUAAGCAGGGUAUCAGUUUAAGUUCGUUCCACCUGCCGUGCUUCCACUCGUUCAUCAACAGCGAGAUCAUGAAACAGCAGCAGCGGGAGCGAUUCAACGCGCUCGCCGCCAGAGGCAAGAGUGUCGCCACCCAAGCCAACUAGCCUGAUGCUGUGUCCAAAAGAUAUUUAUUUUUGGUGUAGUUCGAAUUGUGGUGUAAGGUUUUAGAGAUAGGAUCUUAAGUGCAAGUGACAUUUGGUAACGUGCUAAGUUAAAUUUCGUAACGUUUUGGUUUCUGUAAGUGUAACGACUAACGAUAUUAAAAAUAUUGUGACUUUAACCG